AUGGUCGGGUGUCCGGCGAUCCAAGAAGAUGUCGACUACCCUGGCAACGAUCUCACGACAACGCACCAGACGACGGCUGAGUUUUGCUGUGCCGACUGCACCGGGACACCGGGGUGCCGAGGGUUUGUCUGGAAUGCUAUGGCGGGCGCCUGCCGUCUCAAGACCGCAGUCGGGUCGCCCGUCAAAGCCGUUGGCAACCGCGCGUCGGUGCUCCCACGCCUCACCACGGCCACGUGCUCGGCCUUCCAGAACGACGUCGACUACCCCGGCAACGACAUUGGCUCGACGAGCCGGGCGUCGGCCGCCGACUGCUGCGGCGAC